AAUAUAACUACACAUCCAUUUCACUUACUCAGCCAUGCAGUUCUACCUCAUAGUAUCAACGAUUGUUGCAACAAUCUUUUCUAUUCUUGUAUACCGUUUAUUACUCCACAAAAAGAGUGUAAAGACAGCGACGAACCAAAAACCACCUCAAGCAAAAGGUGCAUGGCCGAUAAUCGGACACUUACACCUUUUAGGUGGACCUGAGCUACCUCACAAGGUUUUAGGUGGCAUGGCAGACAAACAUGGCCCUGUUUUCACCAUCAAGCUUGGUGUUCAUCAAGCUUUGGUGGUGAGUGAUGCAGCGAUUGCAAAAGAAUGCUUUACUACCAAUGACAAAGCCCUUGCAAGUCGACCUAAAAUGACGGGAGCAAAAAUCUUGGGCUAUAACUAUUCUAUAUUUGGCCUGGCUGCAUAUGGCGACUAUUGGCGAAAAGUACGCAAGAUGGUUGUGUUGGAGGUUCUUUCUCAACGAAGAGUUGAGAUGCUUGGAUAUAUUCGAGCUUCAGAACUUAAAUCAUCUGUUAAUGAUUUAUAUGAUCGUUGGCUAAAGAACAAACGUAGUGAAAAUUCAGAGAUGGUGAAGGUGGAGAUGAAGCAAUGGUGUGGGAACUUGCUUGUAAACAACAUGGUUAGGGUAAUUAUAGGAAAGAGGUUUCCGCCACAUGAUAAAGAAGGACUUCAAUUUCAGGCUGUGUCAAGGAAACUAUUUAAAUUACUAGGGGUAUUCGUGGUUACUGAUUUUAUACCUUUUCUUAGCUACUUGGAUGUUGGCGGAUACAAAAAGGCAAUGAAGACUACUCGGAAGGAUUUGGACAAUUUUUUUGACCGAUAUGUAAAGGAGCACAGAGAGGAGAGUAAAACUAUACAACACGAAGGGAACAAAGACUUCAUGCAUGUGCUAAUUUCCAUUGUUCAAGAUGCUUUUGAAGAUGAUUUCAAGGGUUUUGACGAAGAUACAAUAAUCAAAUCUACGUGUCUACAACUCCUAGUAGCAGGCACCGAGACUACAUCCGCGACAUUAACGUGGGCUUUAGCGUUGUUGCUCAACAACCCAAAAGCAUUAGAAAUUGCCCAAGAGGAAAUUGAUGAACAUGUUGGAAGGGACAGACUGGUGAAGGAGUCAGACUUGAAGAACUUAGUCUACCUCAAUGCCAUCAUCAAAGAAAGUUUCCGCUUAUACCCUGCUGGACCUCUCUCUGUUCCUCACGAGUCAAUAGAGGACUGUAUUGUGGGUGGCUACAACAUUCCAAAAGGAACUCGUCUUUUGGUAAAUCUUUGGAAGUUGCAACGUGACCCAAAUAUAUGGUCAGAUCCCACCGAAUUCAAGCCUGAGAGAUUCUUGACAAGUCACAAGGAUAUCGAUGUCAAGGGAAACCAUUAUGAAUUGCUUCCUUUUGGUACAGGCAGAAGAAUGUGCCCUGGUAUUUCAUUUUCCCUGCAGGCUUUGGGUUUAACGUUAGCUAGUUUGAUACAACAAUUUACGAUUGAAAAACCAUCAGACGAACUUGUUGAUAUGACGGAAAGCAUGGGUAUGACCAACGGCAAAGCAACACCACUUGACGUCCUUUUGUGCCCUCGUUUAUCCUCUAAUAUGUAUGAUAUUGGUCCAUGAUAUAUCAAGUUCCAAUUAUGCUUAUCUUAUUCGAAUAAUCGUUGCCACCAGUCUUUAUUUCUGCAUUAGUGAGUGUGAAAAGUGUGUUUCAGUAGUCAUGGAGUUGUGGUCUGUCAUUUUAGUUUUCUUCUGUUUCUUGGUUUUAUUAUUAUUAUUAUUAUUAUUAGUAUUAUUUUAUUUAAGCAAUGUAAUUUCUCAAUUUCAAUUAGCAAUGAAAUAAAAAAUGUUUUUCCG